AAUAGAAUGGAGGGUAAACAUAAGUUUUUUCAUGGAACACUUGAAGUCUCAAUUUUUCGAGCCACGUCUCGCAAGCCAUCUCUUCCCUUUAAGUGUAUUUCAUCAAAUGGAAAACCUGCAUUUGUGACAAUCAAGAUUGAUAACAAAACAGUAGCAAAAACAACACUAGAAAGCGAUCGCGUUUGGAACCAGACUUUUCAAAUCCUCUGUGCUCAUUCUCCAAACACAACAGUUACCAUUACUCUGAAGACAAAAUGCUCCAUCUUAGGGAAAUUCACAAUUCAGGCAAACAAGCUCCUAAACGAAACGAGUUUAAUCGAGGGAUUCUUUCCACUUUCCAUUGAAAACAAGAAGCCAAAGAAGAAACUGAAGUUGCAGUUCAUUGUUUGGUUCAAGCCAGCAGAAAACGAACCAAGCUGGGGAAGAAUACUAGAGAAUGGUGCAUUCACAGGAUUAAAAAAUUCGACGUUUCCUCAAAGAUCAAACUGCAGUGUGACUCUUUAUCAGGAUGCACAUCACCAACAUACGUUCCAACCUCCAUUUCAGACGAGACCUAAAAACUUGUGGGAGGACAUAUACAGAGCCAUUGAGGGUGCAAAGCAUUUGGUUUACAUUGCAGGGUGGUCUUUCAAUCCUAAGAUGGUUUUGGUCCGCGAUCCCAGUGCAGAAAUUACACAUGCAAAAGGAGUAAAGCUAGGUGAAUUGCUGAAGCGUAAAGCAGAGGAAGGUGUAGCUGUGAUGAUCAUGCUUUGGGACGAUGAAACAUCCUUACCAAUCAUCAAGAACAAGGGAGUGAUGAGAACACACGACGAAGAUUCUUUAGCAUAUUUCAGAGACACAAAAGUAGUAUGCAAAUUGGUUCCCAGAUUACACCAUAAACUUCCCUCAUUCUUUGCACAUCAUCAGAAGAUGAUAGCAGUAGAUUCAAGAAGUCAUUUAUCGUCAACUAGUCGAGAAAUUACUAGUUUUCUUGGUGGUUUAGAUCUCUGUGAUGGUCGAUACGACACAGAAGAGCAUUCCCUGUUUAGAACUCUCAACACAGAAUCACAUUGCUAUGAUUUUUAUCAAACAAGCCUAUCAGGUGCAAGCCUGCACAAAGGAGGGCCGAGAGAACCAUGGCACGAUGCUCACGCUCGUGUCACAGGGCAAGCGGCUAUGGAUAUACUCAACAAUUUUGAACAAAGAUGGAAUAAGCAAAUUGGCCCUUCUUUGCUCAUUCCCAUAAGAUCCAUUCCAGAACUCAGCAAUCAGCCAAACAUGGCUUCUACUGAUCGGGAUUGGAACGUUCAAGUCUUCCGAUCAAUUGAUCAUGUCUCCGCAUGCCCUUUACCUAGGAACAUGACAGUUGAAAGAAGUAUCCAUGAAGCUUAUGUUGAAGCAAUCAGACGAGCUGACAGAUUUAUAUACAUCGAGAAUCAGUAUUUCAUCGGUGGAUGCCACCUUUGGGAGCAAGAUCAACAUUGUGGCUGCAGAAACUUAAUUCCAAUCGAGAUUGCUCUAAAGAUUGCGAAUAAAAUCAGAGCUAAGGAACGGUUUUCUGUGUACAUUGUGGUACCAAUGUGGCCAGAAGGACUGCCAGAGAGCGAUUCAGUGCAAGAUAUCUUGUACUGGACUCGGGAAACUAUGAAGAUGAUGUAUAAAUUUAUAGGUGAAGCGAUUAAAGAAAGUGGCGAACAGGGGCAUCCUAGAGAUUACUUGAAUUUCUUCUGUCUUGCAAACAGAGAAGAAAAGAUCAAAGGAGAAUUUGCUCCUCCCUAUUCUCCACAUCCAGAAUCACAGUACUGGAGAGCUCAAAAGAAUAGGAGAUUCAUGGUUUAUGUCCACUCCAAGCUCAUGAUAGUGGAUGAUACAUACUUAUUAAUUGGUUCAGCUAACAUAAACCAAAGGUCCAUGGAUGGGAAACGAGACACUGAGAUUGCAAUAGGAUGCUAUCAGUCGAAAACUGAAGAAGAAGACAUAGAUCAAAGGGACAUUCAUGCAUAUCGUCUGUCAUUGUGGUAUGAGCACACUGGACAAGCGGAGCAAGAAUUUCACCACCCUCAAAGUUUGGAAUGUGUGAAUAGAAUCCGUUCCAUCGGAGACAAAAUGUGGAAAAUUUACGAUCAAGAUGAAGUAGAAGACAUGAAGGGUAUUCAUUUGGUUACUUACCCUGUGAAUGUGACUGCAGAAGGUCAUGUAGAGGAUCUUAUGGAGAGAAAUGGUCACUUCCCCGAUACUGAAGCACCAAUAAAAGGGAAAAGAUCAAAAGUUCUAGCACCUACAAUUACUACAUAGACAGAAAAUAACAAGUUGGAAGCUCAGAGCCCUUUUACCGAUGAUUCUGUACAUGCUGAAUAGUAGUAGUAGGUUUCAUUAUAUUGGCAAAUUUGAUUGUAAAAUAACAAAGAGAAGAAACAA